AUGACUGGAAACGUGAAAAAGUCCACUUUGGUUAAAACAUAUGGUUCGCAUAGAAUAAAGGCAGAAAAACAAUCUGGGAGGCAGGAAACUGCCAGCUCCAACUCGGUACCGGAAGAGGCCAAACACGGCACCUUUGUGGGCCGCAUCGUGCAGGAUCUGGAGAUGCAGCUGGCGGAGCUUGGGCACCGCCCGUUACAGAUGGAUUCCAAAGGCAAUGGUGACCUUCUGGAGGUGAAUCUGCAGAAUGGCAUUUUGUUUGUGAAUUCUCGGAUCGACCGGGAGGAGCUGUGCGGGCGGAGCGCGGAGUGCAGCAUCCACCUGGAGGUGAUCGUGGACAGACCCCUGCAAGUUUUCCAUGUAGAAGUGGAGGUGAAGGACAUUAAUGACAAUCCGCCUGUGUUCCCAGCGACACAAAAGAAUCUCAUCAUCCCGGAAUCCCGGCUGCUCGACUCUCGGUUUCCACUAGAGGGCGCCUCGGAUGCAGAUAUCGGGGAGAACGCCCUGCUCACUUACAGACUGAGCCCCAACGAGUACUUCUCCCUGGACUUACCAACCAAGGAUGAGCAGGUAAAACCUCUUGGACUUGUAUUACGGAAGCCUUUAGACAGGGAAGAAGCUCCGGAGCUUCAUUUAUUGCUCAUGGCCACCGAUGGGGGCAAACCCGAACUGACUGGCACCGUUCAGUUACUCAUCACGGUAUUGGAUGUAAAUGACAAUGCCCCAGUUUUCGAUAGGACCCUCUAUAAAGUAAAAUUGCCAGAAAAUGUCCCUAAUGGAACAUUGGUAAUUAAACUCAAUGCCUCAGAUUUAGACGAAGGUUUGAAUGGAGAUAUUAUUUAUUCAUUCUCUACUGAUGUUUCUCUAGAUAUAAAAUCCAAGUUCCACAUAGACCCCAUAAAUGGGGAAAUUACCGUGAUAGGACUUAUUGAUUUUGAAGAAAGUAAAGCCCACAAGAUUCAAGUAGAAGCUAUUGAUAAAGGCUUCCCACCACUGGCUGGUCAUUGUACAGUUCUUGUGGAGGUUGUGGAUGUGAAUGACAAUGCUCCACAGCUGACUGUCAAAACUCUCUGGCUUCCUGUAAAAGAGGAUGCACAAAUGGGGACAGUUAUUGCCCUUGUCAGUGUGACCGACCUAGAUGCAGGUGCAAAUGGACAGGUGACCUGUUCCCUGACACCUUCUGUACCCUUUAAGCUGGUGUCCACCUUCAAGAAUUACUAUUCCCUGGUGCUGGACAGCGCCCUGGACCGGGAGACUGUUUCCGUCUAUGAGUUGGUGGUGACAGCUCAGGACGGGGGCUCGCCUUCUCUGUGGGCCACCGCCAGCGUGUCCGUGGAGGUGGCCGACGUGAACGACAACGCGCCGGCCUUUCCGCAGCCCGAGUACACGGUGUUUGUGAAGGAGAACAACCCGCCAGGCUGCCACAUCUUCACGGUGUCGGCGCGGGACGCGGACGCGCAGGAGAACGCGCAGGUGUCUUACUCGCUGGUGGAGCGGCGGGUGGGCGAGCGUGCGCUGUCGAGCUACGUGUCGGUGCACGCGGAGAGCGGCAAGGUGUACGCGCUGCAGCCGCUGGACCACGAGGAGCUGGAGCUGCUGCAGUUCCAGGUGAGCGCGUGCGACGCAGGCGUGCCCCCUCUGGGCAGCAAUGUGACGCUGCAGGUGUUCGUGCUGGAUGAGAAUGACAACGCGCCGGAGCUGCUGGCGCCUCCGGUGGGUGGCACCCGCGGCACGGUGAGUGAGCUGGUGCCUCGGUCUGUGGGGGCGGGCCACGUGGUGGCGAAGGUGCGCGCGGUGGACGCGGACUCUGGCUACAACGCGUGGUUGUCAUAUGAGCUGCAGCCAGCAGCAGGCAGCACGCACAGCCUGUUCCGCGUGGGGCUGUACACGGGCGAGAUCAGCACGACGCGUGCCCUGGACGAGACCGAUGCUUCGCGCCAGCGCUUGCUGGUGCUGGUGAAGGACCACGGGGAACCGGCGCUGUCAGUCACUGCCACCGUGCUUGUGUCGCUGGUGGAGAGCGGUCAGACGCCAAAGGCCUCUUCUCUGGCUUCAGCUGGGUUCGCGGGCCCAGAGGCAGCGCUGGUGGAUGUCAACAUCUACCUGAUCAUCGCCAUCUGUGCGGUGUCCAGCCUGCUGGUGCUCACGCUGCUGCUGUACACGGCGCUGCGGUGCUCGGCGCCGCCGGUCGAGGACAAGUGUAGAGCUGGGAAACCCACAAUGAUGAGCUCCAGCGCAGUGGGAAGCUGGUCAUACUCACAGCAGAGGCGACAGAGGGUGUGCUCUGGGGAAGGUCCCCCCAAGACAGACCUAAUGGCCUUCAGCCCAGGUCUUUCUCCGUGUCCUGGACCUGCAGAUAAAACCGGAGAACCAACUGCUUCUUUGGACUCCCCUGGGAAGAUAGCAUUUCUCAAUUCAAGCCAGAAUUAUGAAACCAAUAAUGAAGCUUCUCCUUGA